ACACACACAUGUCUUUUAGUAAACACACACGUCUUGUUAGUAAACACACACACACAUCUUCUUGUUAGUAAACACACACACAUGUCUUUUAGUAAACACACACGUCUUGUUAGUAAACACACACACACACACGUCUUCUUGUUAGUAAACACACACACAUGUCUUUUAGUAAACACACACGUCUUGUUAGUAAACACACACAUGUCUUUUAGUAAACACACACACGUCUUGUUAGUAAACACACACACAUGUCUUGUUGUUAGUAAACACACAAACACACACGUCUUGUUGUUAGUAAACACACACACAUGUCUUGUUGUUAAACACAUACAAACAUGUCUUGUUGUUAGUAAACACAUACUGUACAGACACACACACACAAAGCACCACCUCUCCCCCAUGUGACCCAGGAAGAUUCAGAAGACGACACUGCAGCUCUCCAAUAAAACACUCUCACAUCUUCUCACUUUCUAGCUGAUACUACAUCAACUGAGUUACUGAUUAAUAAAAAUACUACAUCAACUGAGUUACUGAUUAUUAAAAGUACUACAUCAACUGAGUUACUGAUUAUUAAAAAUACUACAUCAACUGAGUUACUGAUUAUUAAAAGUACUACAUCAACUGAGUUACUGAUUAUUAAAAAUACUACAUCAACUGAGUUACUGAAGGAUUAUUAUUGAUUUGUGUCACAAUAACACAAGUAGCCAGUGAGGAUUAUUGUUGAUGUGUGUCACAAUAACACAAGUAGCCAGUGAGGAUUAUUGUUGAUGUGUGUCACAAUAACACAAGUAGCCAGUGAGGGUUAUUGUUGAUGUGUGUCACAAUAACACAAGUAGCCAGUGAGGAUUAUUGUUGAUGUGUGUCACAAUAACACAAGUAGCCAGUGAGGAUUAUUGUUGAUGUGUGUCACAAUAACACAAGUAGCCAGUGAGGAUUAUUGUUGAUGUGUGUCACAAUAACACAAGUAGCCAGUGAGGGUUAUUGUUGAUGUGUGUCACAAUAACACAAGUAGCCAGUGAGGGUUAUUGUUGAUGUGUGUCACAAUAACACAAGUAGCCAGUGAGGAUUAUUGUUGAUGUGUGUCACAAUAACACAAGUAGCCAGUGAGGAUUAUUGUUGAUGUGUGUCACAAUAACACAAGUAGCCAGUGAGGAUUAUUGUUGAUGUGUGUCACAAUAACACAAGUAGCCAGUGAGGAUUAUUGUUGAUGUGUGUCACAAUAACACAAGUAGCCAGUGAGGAUUAUUGUUGAUGUGUGUCACAAUAACACAAGUAGCCAGUGAGGAUUAUUGUUGAUGUGUGUCACAAUAAACUGCACAUGCACACAGUUAGGUGGAAAUAGUUUAAAAAGUGUAUUAUAUCUCGAGUUGGAAUAAGCAAAUGUCACCGAUUUGGUGGAAUGGUCCUUAAACGUGGAAUUAGGCAAUCCUUUAUGAGUCUCGUGAAUAGUUACAGUAUGAUAAAUGAGAAAUAGGCGCGCAAUAGUUUUGAUUGACAGGACUGUUUUCAGAAAGGGUGUGACGUUACUAAAAUAGAAUAUUUGCGAAUACAGCGUGAUUGACAGCUCUAUCUGCCAAUACUUGGCACGUAAAACAAGCCUCGUCAUUUUGUCCACCAAUAGGAUGGCUUGUAAUGUGAGGUGGGCGGGACUAGAUGGCGCGCUAAGUAGCUGGCUAAGCAGCUAACAGCUGGCGGAGGAGCUAGCGGCUCGUCCAGCAGCAGAGUGGCCGCAUACCUGCACACAAGGUCGGCCUGGAUAAACUUGCUCGUCUGCUGGCAAGCCAAGAAAGACCACCGCGGAUUCAUCUCCAUUAAGAAACAUAGUGUUGGACUUAUUAUGUCUGCUUUGUGGCGGCUCUUCCACGCAAGGCCUCAGAAGCCUCGGGCUGGAUUUGAGCGAGUUUAGCUGAGAGGACGCGUGGAAAACAUUUGGAAAGUCACUUGAACGCACCAUCCAUUUGCUAGCGCUUGUCUCAUCGCGAGUCACUUGAACGCACCAUCCAUUUGCUAGCGCUUGUCUCAUGGCCUGGAUCAACUUGAUGGCAGGAAGUAUUUCGCUGGGAGCAGAAUGAAUGAAUGAAGGCAACAAGAUUGAAUCCAAUCAUUGCUUAUUUGAGGAGGGAGCAAGCGGACUACUUUCAGGACUGUCCCCGCUGCCUCCCUGCAAAUGGCCGAAGAAAGAACGCCUUCGCCGGGAGUGGGCGGACGAGCUCAUGCUAUGCUAACAAUGCUAAGCUAACAUUGCCUGGGCAUCCAGCUAGCACCACGUGGUCUCCGAGGAGCACAGCGGCUGCCCGGGAUGGGAAACACCGUCUCAUGUUGCGUGUCCCCGGAGUCCAGCCCCAAGCUCCCGUCGCGGCAGCCGGCGGAGCGGCUGGAGGAGUUUCUGACCAGCACGGAAGUGAGCGACGACAACAGCGCCCCCUACCUGCAGCACAUCAGCGACAGAGAAGUCCCUGACGAGCUGGCCUUGGAGUCCAACCCAUCAGACCACGCCCGAGCCAGCACCAUCUUCCUCAGCAAGUCCCAGACAGACGUGUGUGAUCGGAGGAAAAGCAACCACAUGAGCCAAGUGUCUCCUGGUCCUCUGAGCAAGAAGUACAGCUCAUGUUCCACCAUCUUCAUGGACGACAGCACCGUCAGUCAGCCCAACUUGAAGAGCACCAUCAAGUGUGUCACCUUGGCCAUCUACUACCACAUCAAGAACAGGGACUCCCACAGGUCUUUGGACAUCUUUGAUGAGAAGAUGCACCCUCUGUCAAGAGAACCUGUGCCAGAUGACUACAUGCGCAUCGACCCGGAGCACAAAGUGAUCUACCGCUUUGUCAGAACACUCUUCAGUGCUGCACAACUCACAGCUGAAUGUGCCAUCGUCACUCUUGUCUACCUGGAGCGCCUGCUGACCUACGCCGAGCUGGACAUCUGCCCUGCUAACUGGAAGCGCAUCGUGCUGGGAGCCAUCCUGCUGGCCUCCAAAGUGUGGGACGACCAGGCCGUGUGGAACGUGGACUACUGCCAGAUCCUGAAGGACAUCAGCGUGGAGGACAUGAACGAGAUGGAGCGCCACUUCCUGGAGCUGCUCCAGUUCAACAUCAACGUGCCCGCCAGCGUCUACGCCAAGUACUACUUUGACCUGCGCCAGUUGGCUGACGACAACAACCUCAGCUUCCCCCUGGAGCCGCUCAACAACCAGCGGGCCCAGAAACUGGAGGCCAUCUCCAGACUGUGUGAAGACAAGUACAAGGACCUGAGCCGAGCAUCCCUGAGACGCUCUCUCAGCGCCGACAACCUGCUGUGCAUCCGACACUCCAACGCCAUUCUGUCUUAGGCUGGCCACCUGUCCUAGCUGAGUCACAUGACCACCUGUCCUAGCUGAGUCACUUGACCACCUGUCCUAGCUGAGUCACAUGACCACCUGUCCUAGCUGAGUCACUUGACCACCUGUCCUAGCUGAGUCACUUGACCACCUGUCCUAGCUGAGUCACUUGACCACCUGUCCUAGCUGAGUCACAUGACCACCUUUCCUAGCUGAGUCACUUGACC